GAAAAAUAUAUUCGUAAUGUAGUUGGUAAAAAUUAAAAUUCGAUAUAGAGAAAUGUCAAAUCCCAUCGCAGUGACCAUACUGGCCAUAAGCUUAGGUCUGGUGUCUGGUUGGACGUCGCCGUAUUUGGCAAAAUUCACAAACGAAUUUUCAACAAACAUUCACAUAACCGAUAAGGAGGCAUCUUGGGUGGCUUCAUUUUUACCAAUGGGACGACUCCUCGGUGCUAUUUUCGGUUCUCUAACUACGGAAUAUUUUGGCAGCAAAAUAUCUUUAAUCUUGACAGGAUUGCCGUUGAUGAUCGGUUGGAUAUGCAUGAUAUGUGCCACCUCGGCUAUUUGGUUUUACAUAUUUAGAAUUUUUACGGGUAUGUCUAUGGGCAUGUUCUUCACUUGUUUUCCAAUUUUCAUCGGUGAAAUAUCAACAGCACGUAUACGAGGUGCUUUAAUCGGGCUAGUGAUUAAUGGCUUACCCAUUGGCACUCUGAUUGGAAACAUAAUGGGUCCCCAGAUGUCGAGCAAGUGGUUUGGUGUCAUUAGCCUCCUGCUGACUUCGAUUUUCCUCUUGACGUUUCCCUGUCUACCAAAAUCACCGUAUUAUCUUAUACGAUGUAAUUCCAUGGAGAAUGCGGUUAAAUCGAUUCAUUUUUAUCAUCGAAAAUCAAACGUCAUCGAGGAAUUGAACGAAAUCGAGAUAUUUAUAAAUGAUACGAGCGCGAAGACAUUUCGCGAGAGAUUAAAGCUUAUGGCAGAACCAAAGAAUCGCCGUGCCUUUGUCAUCAUCGUGACAUUAUUCUUCUUCAUGCAAUUCAGCGGACUCAAUUCUAUAAUAUUUUACAUGGAAAUCAUCGUACGUCAAGCCAAGGUUACGUUCAUAUCACCAUCGACAGUCGUGAUAAUCGUAAAUUCGAUCGGUAUCAUUUAUAGUUGGCUGGCCAUAUACGCAAUCGACCAUUACGGCAGAAAAUUGCUUCUUAUCAUCUCGAGCGUAAGCGUAUUUAUCAGUAUGAUGAUAUUAGGAAUUCAUUUUCUGUUGCUAACAUAUGAUUACGAUUCUGAAAUCCUUCAACCAAUGCCAAUUGUAUCAAUGAUAAUGUUUAUGAUGAUUUGCUUCGGUCUAAUAUCCGUACCGAAUACUUUACUGUCAGAAUUAUUUCCAAUUACAUUGAAGAGCAUAGCCGGUUUUAUUGGUAGUUUUACAUCGGGAUUAUUUGCUUUCAUAUCUAGUAAAACUUUUCAACCGUUAAUUGAUCUAGUCACGAUGCAAAAUGUAUUCUUUAUCUACGGUAGUAUAAUGCUAUUAUGCAUUAUCUAUUCGAUUUUUUGCAUACCGGAAACAAUGGGAAAGACAUUUAAAGAAAUCCAAGUUUUACUUGAGGAAAAUGGGCAUACACGGAGUAGAAAUCAAACGGAGGAACAUUGAUAAGUAUUGAGAAUCAUUGACCAAAUUUGAUAAAAAA